UCGUGAGCGACAAAGGCGACGCCAGAUAAGACUCGCUACGUGCUGCGUGCGCGUGCGCCGGCCGCGGCCGGAACCUUGAAUACAGCCGCGCUCCUUCCCGCGUUAUAAUAAUAAACUGCUCAGUCCGGCCUGAGCCUUUAACGAUACUACACGACCGAUAUCUGUGACAAGUCGUUGAAACGACCGAACUUUACGGACGAUGUGUGCAACCCCCGAGUGAACAGUAACCGAACCCAGUGCCCCGCGACCGCCUGCAGUAGUGACACGGCUGGUAUACCGAAAGUGUAUAUUGUGAUGUUUUGUGCCAAUGCUCCUUGUGCCAUAUUAGGAAGUAUUAGUUGUGUUCCCAAGUGCAGUUUUAAUAGGCUGGGUGAGCGAUGAAGGGGUGGUUCGACGCGUUCCGGGAGGAAGGCGGCCCGACAUUGUACGCGUACCACAACCGCACGGCCGUGGCAGCCGACGUGCCUGCGCUUGCGCUGCUCAUUGCCGCGCUCACGCUCUACGUCGCCUUCCUGGCUGUAUUCCCCGGCAUCAGGAAAGAGAGAUUCUCAACGUUCACGAUAGUCACUCUCAGUCUUUUCGUCGGCACCGUAAUACUAGUGUGUAAGCACGGGUCGUCGUGGCACGUGGCGGGCGCCCGAGUGGCGCGCGCCGCCUACCGCGCCUUCUCCGCGGAGCGCCUCGACUGCUGGCUGGCCGUGCACGUCGGGCUCGGACACGUCAAUGUUACUCUCACCGCCCUGUCCUGGGGCAACACGAGCAUAGGCGACCCCGGAGUAGACUACAACGAGCAGUUCCGCUGGGAGGAGGCCGGUGCGAUCCAGGAAUGGUACCGGGACGGCCUGACCAGAGGCCUGCCGUUCCCGCUACUGUCCGUCGCCGAACAUUUUGCCGUGCAACACGAAGGCUUCGAGUGGGGAGCUAAGUACCGCGCUGCGGGAUAUACCACAUCGACGUUACUAUGGACGGCGCUGGGCCUAUGGUUACUGAUGAACCUUCUCCUGGUGGUGGUACCACGUUAUGGCGCGUACGCCAUGGCGACGCUCGGCGUGACGCUGUGCGCAGCCGCCGGCGGCUACUGGGCCUCGCUGCCUCAUGCCCCGCUGGUCGUGAGGCUGGACGGAGCCAUGCUGUUCUUCUCGCUAGGAUGGUGCUUCUGGCUGGUGUUGAUAGCAGGUUGUAUCUGCGUUACGGUUGGUAUAAUAAUCGUGGUGCUGGACCUGAUCUGGCCUCACCGCUUCUCCACCGUCCUCGAGGUGGACUAUGACACGCCGUACGACAGACAUGUGCUCAUAGUCGACAGCCGACAGCGGGCGAGGCCACAGACACAAGCCUCGCUACCUACUAGGAUACUUAGAAGACUGUCAUCAAAAACCCGGGAUACAGGCGGUCAGGUUUCGAUGGCAGUUGUAAACGAACACGACAGGGGCCGAGACAACCCCGCGUACCAACACGAACAAAGGAAGCCUAACUCACCGUGGAGAUACCCGCUCUUUAGGAGACAGAUCGACAGAGCGGACUCGGCGUCGAGCCUGGGGUCAAGCAUAAACGGUAACAGUUCCGGCAUCAAGAUGUCGCCACUUGCGACGGGUGCGCCCGCGCAGCUGCCGAGCAUUCCUCCGCAUAGGUACAUUACGAGUACUUCUCAGUCUUGUCGCUAUGUUAAAUAAUAAGCUACUUGCUGCGUAUACUAUGAACAACAUACAUUAUUACAUAAGUACCGUCCACAAAUACCGGCGGCGGAGCGGAUAAAGGAAAUGUGGUGAUAAGUGUAAUAAUAGCAUAAUUUAUCGAUAUUUACACUGAGAUAAUACUAGGACCUAUUGGCGAUACGUCGAAUAAUUUAGUUAAUGAUCUCUAAGAACUUUUAAUGCAUGGUGAACAAAUAGACUUAGUUUUAUGAAGAAAUUUUCACAAAUUACUCAAAAAAUCCAUAUGACAAAAUUGAAAUAUUGUAUGAAAAAAUUAAAAUGUUAAGAAAAUAAUCCUAUAGAUCAACAUGUUCAAUAUGACCAAAAUAAAUUAGAAAUAAAAUUAACCAAACAAGGCAUACCUACUCUAAUGUGCGGGAAUGCCUUUCCUGCUUUUGGUUUCGUUCCAAUUUAUUUUAGACUAUCAAAAUACAACAAUAGUAUAAUAAUUGAAUUUGUAAAUAUGUAAAUUAUAGUUAAGUAGGUAUCUAAAUUAUAUAUUACGAAUCCGUCCAGUGUCAUAAAUUAAACGCCUAGGAAUUAAUUUUGUAUACCUCUCGUUGACUGUUAAGGUAUGACUGCAUCGACAAAAGUAAUGCUUUGUGCCAUCUAAAGAUACAAGAAGACUUGACUCAUGUUGUAUGCAUGUAAGAAAUAAGUAAACGUACUUUUAAAACGUCGAUGCUAAUUACUUGACAUGAAAAAAUAUACAAAAAAAGCGAACCAAUAUCCACAAAUAAUUGAAAUAAAUGACAUCGAAUUUGAAAUUCUCAUUCUACUACUAAAAGAAGUCAUUUAGUCGUAGGUAUAGUUGUAAGUUAUUUAUUUCUUUAACUUUUCUGUUCUAGUUGAAUGAAUGCGUAGUGCGAAGCCAUUUGUAAUAACAAUCACAAUGAUAACUCUACGUCACUUUAGUCCUAACUACUUACAUCACGGAACAUUUUCAAUGUUGUGAAGAUGUGUUUGCAACAGUGAAUGUGUAUUGUACUCAUGUUAUAUGCCAAUUGUACUUAUAGUGAGAAUCCGACGUGUGAAUGUAUUAAAUCGUAUUUAUUGUGAUCGAAAAAAAUAAUUAUACAAAUUCAAAACUG